UUUUGCCAGUCGUAACUACAGCACGUCGUUACAUCUGUUGUUAUUAAGUUCAUACACAGACUUGGUUUAACCGAAAACUGGUAGUCCGAAAGAAAAGCUUUCCCAGAUAUAGAUGUGUAUAAUGAGUUCAGUGAACACCAUCACUGCGCUGUGCCUCCUGGCUAUGGUGGUGUGUGUGGCGGGACACUACAAGAUUGCAGCCUUCAACAUUCAGACGUUCGGCAGGGCAAAAAUGGACAAGCCAGACGUUGUUAAUAUCAUCAAACAGAUUGUUCUGCGCUAUGACAUCAUCCUUAUACAGGAAAUACGUGAUAGUUCUGGCAACUCACUUAAAGUUCUGAACAACACACUUAACACGCAAGAACAUUUCAGCUACACUCUGAGCCCUCGACUGGGAAGAUCUAGUAACUACAAGGAGCAAUAUGCAUAUUUUUAUAGGACUGACCGCGUGAAUCUUGUGGCCACCCACCUGUACGACGACAACACACCUGCCGACGUGUUUGAAAGGGAGCCGUAUUGCACGCUGUUUGAGAUACCUGAACCAGCUCCUUGGAAACUGGCGUUGGUUGGCCUGCACUCUAAACCUGACGACGCCGUCGAGGAGAUCGGAUACCUGAACGUCGUGGACGCCGAGGUAGAGGCGGAGUUCAACACGACGAACAUUCUGUUUCUUGGCGACCUGAAUGCGGCCUGCAACUACGCCAGCGCCGCCGAGCUGAGCCACACGGAGAUCUUCACCAACUCCGACUACAGCGUGCUCAUAAGCAGGAGCAAGGAUACCACCACCAAGAGCAGCACAUGCGCAUACGACAGAAUCAUUGCUAAAGGGUCAAGACUGAAGAGCGCUAUAGUGUCUGCCGGCGUGUUUGAUUUCAAAUCUGCAUACAGUCUGACCCAACAAGAGACAGUGGUGGUGAGCGACCAUUUUCCAGUGGAAAUUACGCUAUCUUCAAGUCUGUAGUACUGUUGUGCUAUUAAAUGACUCAUAGCUAAUAAUACUAAACAAAUUAAUAACAAAGACAGGAGCUCUGUUAAUUGGCAAAGGCAUCUUUAGUACCAUAUAAUUAUAAUUGAAUUAAUCUCGUCGACAACUGACGACCUAUAACAAUUUCAAAAGUAUGGUGACAUUCUUGCCACAUUUUGUAAACAUUUUUACAAUGUAAUAAAGCAAUAAUUUAUGAUACAAUAAAGCAAUAAUUAUAUUUUCACGAUAAUGUUUAAUUAUUUAUUUAUUCAUUUCGUAAUUAUUAUAUCGAUGACUGACAACCAGGCUGGUUAUUUCCAAAAUCAUAGUUUUAGGAAAAACAUUUUAUUUUAAAAAAGUAUGAUAAAUCCCACCAAAAGAAGCAAUUUUAUUUAUUUAUGCAAAUUAUAUAUGGUAAAACGGCGCGGUCAGUCUAUUUCUCGUUCCAGCCAAUGCUCCACAACAUGUAUAUUCGCCAACAAACUCCAUUAUUAAAAAAGAAGAAACAAAAUGCGAUCUAUAUUGGACUAUCAUGAUUUUUGCAAAUAAAGAUUGGACCUAACCAGUGCGUGUUGUCAGUCUUCAAUGUGGGUCUUAUUAUGUGUCUAAUAUAUGUGUGAUACACUAAUUACAUUUUUUGAAUACAUGUAAUAAUUUUAAAAAAAAAUCUUAAAUGACACAUUGAAAUAUUUCACCUAAAUUUGACAUGAGUUGUGAAUAAAAGAAAGUAUAAUUUUUAAUUCCAUUGAUGAGUCGAUUAGUAACAAUAAAAAAAUUGUAUAA